UUUUGUCUUCUCCUGGGCUACGCCUAUAUGUUAAUCUGCAGCCACGAGGAAAAUAUCUCCUAUGCUGAUGUGUUUCUUAUUAUUUGGAUGGGAAGUUUUUUCAUUGAUGAAACCAAGCAGGUUUUCAUUGCAAUAUGGAGAAAGAAAUUCACUGCAUACAUCAGGGAUCCAUGGAAUAUACUAGACUGGCUCUCAAUGAUAACAUUUACAUGUGGGAUGCUGCUCAAGUUAGGAAAUGGAUUACAUUAUUACAACGCCUCCAAAAUUCUUCUCGUUUUAGCUUUUAUCAUUCUAAGCAUCCGGGUUUUUAACUUGUUCUGCAUUUCUGAGCUUCUUGGGCCAAAACUUGUCAUCAUACGGAAAAUGUUUAUAGACACUUUUGCCUUUAUGGCGAUUAUGACAGUCAUUACCAUGUGUUACAAUGUUUCGUACUACGCCAUAUUGUAUUAUGGUAACUCAGACUUCAGCUUUGAUACAUUGGAAAAAGUUACCAGAAAUGGAUAUUGGAUGCUUUUUGGAGAAUUAAAUUUGGAAGGAGAUCGGCUAAUAGAACCAGAGUGCUCAUUUGAAAAAGUGUUUUAUUCCAAUGGAACACUGGAGAGAUGUCCUUCAUCGCUUGGAAGAUUUCUGGCACCUUAUCUAAAGGCACUGUACGGAUUGGUAGCUGUUAUUUUGAUGCUUAACCUAUUGAUAGCCAUGUACAGCCACACAUUCUCCGAGGUGCAUGUGAAAUCAAAGUUUUACUGGUCACAGCUUCAGACUGACUUUUUAGAGGAAUAUAGCGUUAAAUCGAUAUUUCCCUUUCACAUGCAAUGGAUAGCCAUGAUCUUCUGUUUAUUCCAUCUUUUGCUUUGGGGAAUACAAUAUGGUUGUGUGAAACUUCGUGCAAGAAAGGAGAACCAUGAUGAGUCAACAAUCAGUAUCAGUCAGACUGAUGGAGGAUAUAAGGAAGAGGGGGAUAAGAAACUCAACAAACACCCUAUGUUUGUCAGAGUAUUUUUGUUUGACACAAACUUUGACAUCAAACUGAGGAAAACGAGAAAAGUUGAAGGUUAUGCUGCUUUACAAGCUAGACGAGAGAUGGAUAUUGCAGAAGAGGACAAAAUAUCGGUGUUGAAAAAAGAAAUGAAGACGAUGAAAAGAGAAAUGAUGGAAAAUAACCAAAAGACCAUACUUCUGUGUCUUCCUCUGCAAUCAGAAGGUUGUGCAUUGUCAAACGAAGCUGAUGUCGAUUUUUCAUCUAAAGGGCGUUGUUCCACGGACAUCCCUACAACAUCUACACUCCGUGAUCUUACCAUCUACAACUGA